UUCACAAACAUGGUGUGUAUAAGGUGUGUACAAGGGUGUGUACAUCAAGAAUGGUUGUAAUAAAAAAGGAUGCGCCAUGAUAGUAUGCACCACUAGAGGCACUAUUGUUGUCGGGCUAUGACCUGCUUGCUGUACAUCAUCAUUGACCGGGCGAGUGCUCUAAUUUCUGGUCUAUAAAUAAUUUAAUUUAUUUGCAGCUGCACAUUAUUAUUAUAUUAAUAUUGUUAUUAUUAUUAAUAAUAAUUUUUAUCGUUCUUUCUUGGUAAAAGAUAAAGAGAUGUCAUUUCCCGGUGAUCCAAGUCACACACCAGGCGCCGCCCCGAAACCAGCAGAGAUAGCCGCCGUCACUGAUCCUAGGGUUCAUCUGCGUAACCUCUCCACCGUCGGAAAACGGGUGGACGCGCUACAGAAAUUCCUGUCAAACUUGGUUAACAGCAACACUCCUCUGGUCAGAGACGAGAUGGAUAGGGUGUCAGCCGAGCUCACCGACGCCAUCCAAAAGAUAAUCGCCAACGGCGUCUCUCUGGUCGCAUCGAAUCAAACCGGAGGUACGGGGGAGGGUUCCGAGAUAAUCGAGAUGGACGCGGCGGCGCUGAUGGCGGAGCACAUCCAUUUCUGCGAGAUAUGCGGAAAGGGGUUCAAGCGAGAUGCGAAUGUGCGGAUGCACAUGCGAGCUCACGGAAACCAAUACAAGACGGCGGAGGCAUUAGCGAAGCGGCCGGCGGAGAAUUGCCGCCCCCAAUCGCAUCCAUCUCUAUUCUCGUGCCCGUUCCCAGGUUGCUCGCGGAACAAAUCGCACCGGAAAUUCCGGGGCUUGAAGUCCGCAAUAUGCGCGAAGAAUCACUUCAAGCGAAGCCAUUGCCCUAAGGCGUACCCCUGCAACAGGUGCAACAAGAAAAGCUUCUCAGUGGCGGCGGAUCUGAAGAGCCAUCUGAAGCAUUGCGGAGCAACGAAAUGGAAAUGUUCGUGCGGAACAAGCUUUUCUCGCAAGGACAAGCUGUUGGGACACAUAGCUUUGUUUCAAGGGCAUAUGCCUGCUGCUGCGGUGGAAGAAGCAGAGAAGGAGGAGGAGUUGAUUUUCCACAACAGUUCCAUGGAUGAUGCAGAUUUCAGUUCCUCAUCAAUUCAGACUUUCUGGUUUCAGAACACAUUGGGAGGAUCAUCGCCUUCUGCUCUUGAUUUUAGGCACAACAACUGCUGGGAUGGACACUUUUUUAUUUGAUCCAUCUCCAUUAUUAAUGUUUUAUGUUAUAUCCGAUCCAGCCCAACUGCUUUUUUAACUCUCCAUCCAUUCAUUAUAUUCAUCCAAGUAUAUACAACGUAUUUCUUUAGAUCGAGCUCUUGUAAUAAAUGCUAUGCAAAUAUUUGAUCUUAGUGAUUGUGUUUGCAUUGAGGAUAGAUACAUAGUAGUGCUAGUUAAUUUGGAGGUUUCUUCUUCUUCAAGUUCACACCAACUUUUUAAAU